CUGCUACCUUGGGGAGGAGGUGUGUGUGCACCAGGCUCCAGACCAGUUCAGGUGACACGAUGCCUCACAGUGGUAUGAACUUCAUCGGUAGAAGAAGAGGAACGCAUCACACCAUUAAAUCAAAUGAUCAGGUCAGUUGUCAGGUCCCAGGCACAGGUUUGAUUAAUGGAGUCACUUCUCAUGAUGGCUGCCCACCUACUGCCACUGGAAACAGUAAGCACAUGCCAGCUGACAUCCCGAAUGGUUCCAAACCACAGCACAUGGUUAAUGGUCAUAUUAACCACAGGCACAAAGGCAGUAGUACCAAUGCAGCUCCUCUAAGGACAUUCAAAGAACAAGGAGGUAUGAUUUCAGCUGUGACUGGUGCCUCAGCAGCUGGCAGGGUCAGCAAUGGAGACAUUUCACACAGUGCCUCGGUCAACGGGGCCACCAGUCCAGAUACUGUUGCGUUGACCAGUAAUUCUGACCAAAUGGGUCCAGAGCCUUGCCUGUCAGCAACAGCAGUGAAGAGCAGGCCAAGAAGGAAGACAUUUCGAAGGAAAAACAGAGCCACUGAAGUCAUGAUGCCACAUCAAGAGGAGGACUGGGAGAAUGAGGUCCAAGAGGUCAUGCUCACUGACUGGGAAAAGAUGUUUUUUGGUUUCAAACCCUAUGGUCCAGAAGAUUUGCUUCAUUUUUCUGUGCGGGAUAUGACAAUUAAGCAAUUGGACGUAGUUGACCUGCCGGUGACAGCCAACUACAGCCCAGCCAUACACCAUCCACAUCCUGUCAAAUGGUCCUGCUUCAGUUCCCCCACUGAGCCAGACCAGUUUGCUGAUGCUGACGAGUAAGUCAGAAAUAUGAUUUAAUGUUGGAAUGGCUGAAAUCAUUAGUCACUAAAAUAAUGUAACCACUGGCCCUUGAGUUAGCCCAUAAUCACGCUGUGCAGAUUAUCUUAUCAUUUGACUUAUCUGAGGAUCCUAGCAUUUUUGCUUAGGCAGCAGCUUCCUUUUCCCCCUAUUUUCCUGAAAUGUAAGUGGAAGCAGUUAAUUCAAAACUUACUCAGUAUUUAUGCAAAACCUUAAAAUCAAUUUGUUAACACUGUCAUAGGUCAAAGAUUGGAUGGUAGAGUCUUGGUUGAAAUCAGGUUGUUUUUUUUAUCAUUGUUUCUAUUUGACAUUUUAUAUUCAGAUUUUAUAUUUAUUUUAUAUUGCUAGGUAUAUGUUAGGCUUUUGUGAUCUUAUGGAACGGUUUUAGUUAACGUCAUUCUCCUGUUGGUACUGACGAUGCUCAUGCAUUUGUUGUUGGCUUUCGUGGCUCCAUAAUUUUGCCAGUCUUUCACGAGUUUAAAUAAUAGUUUUUAUCUUGUUUUUUUCACUGAUGUUGUUUUAAAACCCUUUAAAUAGGAACACUGUUGUCUUAAUAGGUUGUGCAUACAUCCAACUGCAUUUAUAAAUUGCGCUUGCAAGUUGCAAGUGUACGAAGAGGCUAUUUUGAGUUGGGACAGCUGAAGCAAACCUUUAAUUAUAGUUUGAUUAUGUCACAACAACAAGUCGUUA